GUUGCCCCGCAAGCUGCGGGACAGCCUCAGCCCGGAAAUGACGCCACGGCCAGGAUGGAGCCGACCCGCAGUGGACGGGUUUAGCAGCUAUUGCUGUGGACGGAGAGACAGGGAUGUGCGCGGCUAUUGGUGCAGGUGAGCACCCCAUCUGCUCGGUGUGGGGGCCGAGCUUCAAGGGGCUGAGCUUCAGUGGAGGACAACAUGAUGGGGCACAACAAGGAGCAAUGUUAUGAGUGCGACGUAUGCGGCAAGGGCUUCACCAGGUCCAGCAGCCUGCUGAAGCACCAGCAUACCCACAGCGGUAAAUGCCCCCAUACCUGCGCCCAGUGCGACAAGGGCUUCACCCACUCUGACAGCCUGCUGAAACACCAGCGCACCCACACCAGCGAGCGCCCCUACACCUGUGCCCAGUGCGGCAAGGGCUUCAUCCAAUCCAGCAACCUGUUCAAGCACCAGCGCACACACACCGGCGAGCGCCCCUACACCUGCACCCAGUGCGGCAAGUGCUUCACUCACUCUGACAGCCUACUGGAGCACCAGCGCACCCACACCGGGGAGCACUCCUACACCUGCACCCAGUGCGGCAAGGGCUUCAUCUGCUCCACCUGACUGCUGUCCCACCAGCAGGUGCACGCUGGCGACCGUCCUGUCCCCAGCCCGGUGUGAGGAGAGUGCUUUGACAAGGACUCCCACGCCCUGUCUCACCAGCACAUUCACACCAGUGGCCAGCCCUAUGACUGCCCGUACUGUAGUGAGGAGUUUGACAGCUCGCGGGGGUUGCGGCAGCACCGGUGGGCUCACGCCAGCGAGCAUCUGCUCCCACCGUGUCAAGAGAGUAUGGGGGCUGCGGGAGCACCAGCGGAUACACACCAGAAUGAGACCGUUUGUGUGCGCUGAGUGUGGCAAGGGUUUCACCCGCAUGUCCAGCCUGUGGCAGCACAGUACCCACAGUGGUGAGUGUCCCUUCCCUGCCCGUCCUGUGGUAAGGGCUUCACCCGCCUUGACCACCUGCUGGAGCACCGGCGAGUCCACACCGGGCAGCGCCCCUUCUCUUGCCCGCUCUGUGGCAAAGCCUUUGCCCGCUCCUCCAGCUGGCACACUGCCACGUGGAUAGAUAGGCGCUGUUUAGGUAGAGACAAAAUGCUGGAAGGAAUGGGUAAUGUUUCGUGUCGAGACCCUACUCAACCUCGACCUGAAAUGUCACCCAGUCCUCUCCAGAGAUGCUGCCUGUCCCGCUGAGUUCCUCCAGCAUUUUGUGUCCUUUUUUGUAAACCAGCAUCUGCAGUUCCUUGUUUUUAAACCAUUCUGGUUAACCAUCUCUGCACCUUCCCCAAAGCCUCCACAUCAGUCCUGUAAUGGAGUGACCAGAACUGUAUGCAAUACUCCAAAUGCUACCUGACCAAUGUCCCUUAAAGCUGCACAUAUACAUUCCUCUCUCCUUAUCUCACACCCUUUUAUCUCCUUAUUUUCCAUCGCCUCUGUCACUUACUUCACUCAUCUGCCGAUCACCCCCUCAUCUGUUAACAUAGUGUCAGUCUGAAGAAGGGUCCCGACCCGAAAUGUCACCUAUCCAUGUUCUCCACAGAUGCUGCCUGACCCGCCGAGUUACUCCAGCACUGUGUGAAAUGUCACCUAUCCAUGUUCUCCACAGAUGCUGCCUGACCCGCUGAGUUACUCCAGCACUUUGUGUUAGAGUCAUAGAGUGAUACAGUGUGGAAACAGGACCUUCGGCCCAACUUGCCCACACCGAACACAUCCCGGCUACACUAGUCCCACCUGCCUGCAUUUGGUCCAUAUCCCUCCAAACUUGGCCUAUCCAUGUACCUGUCUAUAACUGUUUCUUAAACGUUGGGAUAGUCCCAGCCUCAACUACCUCCACCGGCAGCUUGUUCCAUACACCCACCACCCUCUGUUGAAAAGUUACCCCUCAGAUUCUUGUUAAUCUUUUCCCCUUCACCUUGAACCCAUGUCCUCUGGGCCUCGAUUCCCUCACUCUGGGCAAGCGAUUCAGUGCAUCCAUCUAAAUUGCGUUCUAUGCAAGAUUCCAGCAUCUUUAGUUUCUUGUGUCUCCCUCACCUAUAUCCACCUAUCACUUCUGAAGGUGGGUCUCAACCUGAAAUGCCACCCAUUCUUUCUCUCUAGAGAUGCUGCCUGUCCUGCUGAGUUACUCCAGCAUUUUGUAUCCACCUAUCACUUGCCCGGCUUUGUCAAGCCCCCAUCUCUCUUUUCCAGCUUCCACUCCCCAAUCAGUCAGAAGAAGGGUCCUGACUCAAAACAUUGUCUGUCCAUUCCCUCUAGAAUUCCCUCAGUGGAGGAACUCAGUGGGUCAGGCCGCAUCUGUAGAGCGAAAGGAAUCUAAGGCAACCACUCCCACCUCUCCUUUCCAACUUUCUCCACCCCCACACCAAGCAGUGUAAAGAAGGGUCUUGACCUAGAAUGUUUCCUGUCCAUGUUCUCCAGAGGUGCAAGUUACUCCAGGAGAUUGUGUAUCUUUUUGUAAACCAGCAUCUGCUGUUCCUUGUAUCUAGACUAGGCGUGCAUUUCACCCUACACUUGCGCUCGGUCUGCCAAGGCCUGCUGGAUCUACUGGUUCCCACUUAAACACUGAUCUUUCUGCCCUGGGCCUCCUCCAUUGACAGAGUGAGGUGACACACAAACUGGAGGAACAGCACCUCAUAGCCUACAGCCCAAUGACAUGAACACUGAAUUCUCCAAUUUGAAGAGACUUUCCCCUCCUCCAAAUGAAAUCCUGGAGUCUGUCCCGACCCCAACACUUUUUUCCAGCUCUUGUUUCCAGCUUCCCCCCAUCAGUCUGGAAGGGUCCAGACCCGACACGUCACCUAACCAUUCCCCUCCAAAGAGCCGGUAGAACUCAGCAGGUCAGCCAUCCGUGGUGGGAAACGGAUGGAGAAGUGUUCCUAAUAUAAGCCCUCCUUGUUCCUGUCAAGGAGCAGACAAGCAACAGUACCUGCAUCUUCUCAUUCAUACUGUACCCAAGUGAAAAUGCAAAAGUGAGCCAAACUGCACACAGCCGACGGCUCACAGUACCAGCUGGCUGCCACUGGCCCAAAAACUUAAAGGCAUUUUUAAGUGAUUUUUCAAAGCAAAUUUUGACGCAUUUGUGCCUUGUGUAACAAAUAAUGCAAGUUUUUCCUGACCUGACUGCGUUCUUCGGAAUUCUUCAGAAUUCAUGUUGUGCUCUCAAUAAUGAA